AUGCGGGAUGGACGGAGGGUCAACGCACAGAACGGAGCAGUUAAUAACGAACAACCGCAGCGGCCUCUUGCGAAGGUCCUUGUGCUCUCCGCCACGACCGGCAAGGCCAGCCUCAACCCCCGCCCGACAAAUCCCCCUGAGCCCUCUGGUACAGCUGCUCCAAACGCGCCACGUCUCCGAGAGGCGGUGAAUACCCCUGGUCUAUGCCGCAAAACAAGCCCUGCCACAACUGUCGUCGCCGUCGUCUACGCUGUGACCGAAUGCCUUGGGUACGGCAAGGUCUAUGUGUGGACAGAAGGUAUCGACGCUCAGGGCAAGGUGAAGCCAUCGCCAGGAGUGAGGCGGGCGGCCCAUGGCGAAAACCAUGGUGUUGCGGGGCACCCUAGCCUGGUCCUCCACAGUGGUCCACCACCGUUGCCGCCUCCGGCCAUGGGCACGAUUUCAGACCGCCAUCACCCUGUAGGCACGAGCAAAAGUCCCCGGAAUCCUACCGACACUGCUGUGCCGACUCUUCCGCAGUACAGUCCUCAGCAGAAGAUGGGAGGUCAUGCCACAUAUCUGGUGCCGAGUCAAUUGACUGACCCCGUCUAUCAAGAUCUGGACCCGACCUCGAGGAUCUAUCUUGCUCACUUUGCCAACAGAGUCUGCCAGGAUCUAGUUGCUCGCGACGAACUCGGAACCAAUCCUUUUCGAGAGCUCAUUCCACUUACUCGGAGACAUCCUUUGCUUCUGAAUAUAAUCAUUGCUACAUCAGCCCUGCACUUGGCCAACAGCCUCAGUCCAAAAACAUCUCUCUCAGCUGCUAUAUCCGACCCCGGCGGCUACUUGGCCCAAUUGCGCUCCAAGGAUCUAGUGUCUCAAAAUGCCGUGAUUCAUGCUUUGACGGCCAAACAGAAUGCCUUCUACCAUCUCAAGAAAGUCCUAGAGACACUAGACCCUGCAGGGAGCGAAGUAACGUUAGCAGCCAUGCACUUUUUUGUCAAGUUUGACUUGAUCGAUCUGGAACGAGGAGAAAAUCAGAGCUGGAAGAAGCAUCUGAAGGGCGCCAGCGAUGUGCUGGCUCUCUUGACAGCGGCAGAGCCGCGGGAUGUUACUAAUCUCAAGCUUCGGGACUGUGUUGUGGCAGAUUGCUUCAUCUACCAUAUUUUGGGCUCAACACUGACCUCUGGGCCUUGGGCGGCUCAAAUUACCCAUUACGCCUUUGAGCUUCUACCAGUCUUGAAGAGGACAGAGGUUAACAGUUACUUAUCUUGCCCCUCGGAAAUCUUGCAGAUUAUCUUGAAAGCCUCACAGCUUUCUUAUGAGACGCCAUGUACAGACUGGAAUCUCGCGGCCGUGGACCAGGCGCUCAUGCUUAUUCGCGAAGUAUCCGGUUUCAACAUUCCGGCAUGGGCGACACAACUUCAGCAAGCAUCAAACGUGAAGGACGUUGAAAGCCGCAUACAUGUGGCGUCGGCCCAUCGCUCUGCUGUCUGCCUUUACAUUUUCCAAGCACUGCCGCUAGCUCGUGCGGUGCAAGUCGUGGAUACGCAGGCUCUAGUCGAUGAUAUCUUGCAUCACUUGUCGCAGAUUGGCAAAGCCGAUCCGUACUUCAAAGCAUCGUCUUGGCCGACUUUUAUCGCAGGCGCUGAAUCGCGAGAUGCAGAGAAACGAGUGUGGACACUGACGCGGCUGAUGGAGAUUUGGGAAGUAUGCCCUUGGGGUUACGUAUUCACCGCGAUUGAGAUGCUCAAGGCCACGUGGCAGAUGCAGGAUACACGGCCAGAGGAUGAGAAUGUCAAUUGGCUGCAAGCGCUGAAGGCUAUGAAAUUCCAGGGCUUGAUUGUAUAG